GGCGAAAAAUCCCUCCAGUAUGUCCAAUGCUAUGUUCCUCCUGAUGCUCUGCAAGACUGGUCUGAAAGGGAAACUGCAGACCUUUCCUGGAAAAAUGGUAAACACUGCCAUCUGUGAUGAAGAAAGAGGAAUUCAAGACAAGGAAGGUACAGAGGAGUCCAUUCUGGCCAUGCUUGGGAUCAUCGGCACCAUUCUCAACAUGGUAGUCAUCAUCUUUGUCUACAUCUACACCACGCUGUGACUGAUAAAAAUCAACUAUUUUGCAUUGAACGGGCCUAUUGGGCCUACUGGAUGCAGCCAUGUUGUUUGGCUGGGAGUUGAGACUGUGCCAAGAUGGCACUGUGUCGUCGAUCGACUUUCCCAACUAUCAAAGGGAUCUAAGGCUGUGUGA